GGGAAAGAUCAAUUUGUAGUACGUUUCGUUUUUUCUCGCGUAAUUGUUGAAAGAAAUAGUAAGCCAUACCUAAUUUAUGCGCUCGCUAAGGCACGCCAGCACGGUUCACUAGGUCAUCUUACUACCUCGGGCAGCGCGAACGUCCCGCCCGCUAGCAAGCUGCCUGCCAAGCAUCCCGAGGACGAACGAUGUCGAAGCGCUCGGCGGAGGAAGCCUCCAGCGGAGGUGGCACGCCCACCAGCGGAUCGGGCGCUGCGGGCGGUGGUUUGCAGCCGCCGAUCAAGAAGGUCCACUUCGAACCGCAUCUGAUCGGGCCGAUAUCGACGUUGGAGGAGAUGGACAUCAAAGUGCUGCAGUUUCAGAACAAAAAGCUUGCCCAGCGCAUCGAACAGCGGAUACGGUGCGAGUCGGAGCUACGGUCACGCAUCGAGCAGCUCGAAAAGCGCCAAACGCAGGACGACGCCGUGCUGAACGUCGUCAACCGGUACUGGAACCAGCUGAACGAGGACAUUCGCGUACUGCUGCAACGAUUCGACGCGGAAACGGCCGAUGAAUCGGAAAACAAAAACGAGAACGAGGUAACGACAUCCUUCCUAAUGCAGCUGUCUACCUGGGACAAGGAGGAGCUGGACGAUAAGCUCGCCAACCGGGUGCAGGUCUCGAAACGGGCGGUCGCAAAGAUAGUGCAAGUGUUCGAUCGGCUGAUGCAGCGCAACGAAAAGCUCAUGCUGGCUAUGAAGGGCGAAUCGGAGGACGGCAAAUCACCGGCCGUGGCACCACCCGAUCUGGACGAAUCGCUACGCCAGACGUACAUCGACGUGAUGGCGGAAAAUCGGAACCUGCAAACCCAAAACACACUUCUGCACGAAAAGUUUCACACGAUAUCGCUCAAGAUGAGCGAGUACCAGGACAUGCUGAACGGCAAGGAAACGGAAGCGGCCGAGCUUCGAAAUCAGAUCGACGAUUUGCAGUACGAGCUGGAGAAGGUUCGCUGUCGGAACGACAAGCUGGAAAAUCAUCUUGCAGAGGCAAUUGAAAAACUGAAAGCAUACCAUCAGCUGCACGGUGGCGAUCCGCUCAGUAGUGGGAACGCUGCGGCCGGCUCGGAACGGCACACUGCGUCUAGUAGCGGGGCGUCCCGCGGUUCCGGUUCAAUGACGAGUGUAGCCGCGCAACACCUAGAAGACCUGCAGAAGGAGCUGGAAGAGUACAAGGAGCUAUCCAACAAUCGGUUGCAGGAGCUGGACAAACUGCACCUGCAGCACCGGGAGGCCCUGAAGGAGGUGGAAAAAUUGAAGAUGGACAUCCGGCAGCUGCCCGAGUCGGUGAUCGUCGAGACGACCGAGUACAAGUGCUUGCAGUCGCAGUUCUCCGUGCUGUACAACGAGUCGAUGCAGAUCAAGACACUGCUGGACGAGAGUCGCAACCAGCUGCAGUCGAGCAAAAACCAACACUUACGCCAGAUCGAGAUGAUGGAGAGCGAAGAGCUGAACGCGCAGAAACGCGUGCGCAGCGAUAUGAUACAGAUGGAGGACGUAAUGUCACAGAUCCGCAAGGAGUACGAGGUGCUGCGGAUCGAGUUCGAGCAGAACAUGGCGGCGAACGAACAGACGGCCCCGAUCAAUCACGAGAUGCGGCAUCUCAUCCUCUCACUGCAGAACCACAACGGCCAGCUGAAGGGCGAGGGGCUGCGGUAUAAGAAAAAGUACAAAGACGUCUCGGCGGACAACGCCAAGCUUCGGAAGGACCUGGAGGAAAUGUCGGCGAAGCUGACGGCCCUGCAGGAAGCACAGUUGAUGGCGGAAACGAUCAAACAGGAGAACUGUCUCGCAAUGAAUGCGAGCGGUGGUGGCGCGAAUGUGAAGGAAGAGUCGGGCGGCAUGACACACGAUCGAGACGGUCAUUGCGGGAUGAUCAAGGAGGAGGACCCGAACGGGACUCACGGCAAUUCCUGCGGCGGUGGUGGAGCUGGCACGGGCAGCGCGGGAGGCUUGACGAGGUCCGACUCGGGCGAAGAGGGCGACGUGGACGCCAACGGUAUCAAGCGCGAAGAGAUCAUCGGCCCCGACGGAACGGUGGUGGUGAAGAAGGAGGGCGCGGCGGGCACCGGACAGGCCGGUAUGGACGGGAAGGCGAACGGACCCGACCAGCAGCAGCAGCAACAACAACAACGGGCCAAGUGCAUCGAGUCGGACCUGGUGCGCGAUCUGCGCAAUCAGCUGAAGAAAGCUUUAAACGAUCAAAAGGAGAUGAAGCUGCUGCUGGACAUGUACAAGGGCGUCCCCAAGGAGCAGCGGGAUAAGGUACAGCUGAUGGCGUCGGAGAAGAAAAAGUGCGCCGAAAUCGAGGACCUCAAGUGUCAGAUGAAGAAGCUGCAGGAGAGCAAGCGGGAGGACCGGAAGAAGCUGGCGGACGAGGAGGCCCUGCGCAAGAUCAAGCAGCUGGAGGAGCAAAAGUACGAGCUGCAGAAGCAAGUGGCAAACCAGAAGCAACCGCCGGACAGCAGCUGGAGCAGCGGCUAUCGACCAUUUGAGGAGGAAGCACUGCUGAACGAAAUGGAAGUGACCGGGCAGGCUUUCGAGGACAUGCAGGAACAAAACUCAAGACUGAUCCAGCAAUUGCGCGAGAAGGACGAUGCCAACUUUAAGCUCAUGUCCGACCGAAUCAAGGCCAACCAGAUGCACAAACUGCUCAGGGAGGAGAAAAAGACGCUGGAAGACCAGGUCAAAACACGCGACAGCCAGAUCGAGGCGAUGCACGUGGUGCUGCGGAAGCUGGAGGAAAAGGAACGCAUCUUGCAGAACACGGUAACGACGAUCGAGAAGGAGCUGGUCGCGCGCCAGCAGGCGAUGGAGAUGCACAAGCGUAAGGCGAUCGAGUCGGCUCAGUCGGCCGCCGACCUGAAGCUGCACCUCGAGAAGUACCACGCCCAGAUGAAGGAGGCCCAGCAGGUGGUGGCGGAAAAGACGAGCUCGCUCGAGGCGGAAGCGUACAAGACGAAGCGGCUGCAGGAAGAGCUGGCGCAGUUCAAGCGCAAGGCGGAGCGCAUGAAGAAGAUCGAAAUGUCCGGCACCACGAUCGACGAGGUGAUGCUGGAGGAGAUCCGCGAAUACAAGGAGACGCUCACCUGCCCGUCCUGCAAGGUGAAACGGAAGGACGCGGUCCUGUCCAAGUGUUUCCACGUGUUUUGCUACGACUGUCUGCGGACGCGGUACGAGACGCGCCAGCGGAAGUGCCCCAAGUGCAACUGUGCGUUCGGUGCCAAUGACUACCAUCGGUUGUACCUCUCGACGUAAGCCCUCACUCUGCCCCCCACACACACGCAUCGUAAGUUAUGUACUGUAGUGGCCAGAUCCGGUCCCCGUUGUUCCCGCAACCCCCCUCCCACUCGCUUCUUAACCCUGGAAAGUCAGACUUCGCCUGCUCGAGUUGCUUGAGCAAAUGACAAAUAUCUAAUGCCGGAACAGUCAUUCCACCCAUUCCGGCAUGCAAGGUUAUCUUCACCAUCUUCAGGCCCCGGAGGUGGUUGGAAACACUCACCCUCUCCCCCCCUUCCAAUCAUCGCCUGUCUCCUCGGCACGUGUCAACGUAUGUGAUAACAUUGUACAGUGUGUUCCCGCUAACGAUGGAAACCAAAUCAUACAAAACUUUUACUGCUUCUAACUAAUCAGUCAUAUGAAACCGCAUGCGGGGACAGUAACGCACUACACGGUUCCCUGGAAGAUAAUCUUGUAUGCUGCUAGUCGCUCGUCCGAGAAAACUAGUUGGUGGAAUCUUUAUAGCAGAGGUAUGACGUCGUCAUCGGUAUCGGUCGAAUCACACGGUUGAGACGUAUGCUACCACCGUCCACAGCCUACUAUUGCGUUACGUACUAUUGCCCCAUUGUGUAAGUAUCUUUUUGUACACAUACAACACACGACAACACAGGCUGUUUCUGUCUCCACUGGUGCGACUGAUGCAUCGACAUUCUCCUACCGUCAUAUCGCUGCUAUGAAGCGGUAUUUUAUACUGCCACGUUUAUUCUAAGUGGCAUUGAUGUAGAUGAUAUAGCGAAAAAACGGAAAACACACCAUUUUCCGAAUAUAAAAGGAAAAAAAACAAAAAAAACAAACAAAUUCUAUUUAACAGUUAGUAGAAGUUUUAUAAGCAGACGUAAGGUCGAUCCCUCUAAUCGCGA